AUGGAGAGCAUUCCCAAAGCCAUGCCAGCAGCCAGCCCCAUGGAGAAACACGAAGAUGAUGAUGAAGAUCAGUUUGAUGAAUUUUACAAGAAGUUGCCCAAAAAACAAGUAGCCGGCUUGAUGUUAGCUCAACACAAAGGGUUUUGGUACGAUGAACCCAUUUUGCAUGGUGUAGUAACAUUCCAAAAACACUUUGAAUCCCAGGAUUCCGACAUUCUCUUAGCCACCAUGCCUAAAUCAGGCACAACAUGGCUCAAAGCCCUAACCUUUGCCAUUGUUAACCGGUCCAAAUCCGAACAUUCGAUUUCCGAAAGCCCUUUGCUCUUCCAAAACCCUCAUCAACUUGUUCCUUUCCUCGAGCUCGAUCUAUACCGUGGAGGCAAACUUCCCGACCCAAACAUGAUGAUCACUCGUCCGAGGAUUUUCGCGACACAUGUACCUUACCAGUGCCUUUCAGACACGCUACUUUCAAACGAUUCUAAGAGUCCUCGAAUCGUCUAUCUUUGUAGGAACCCUUUGGACGCGUUUACCUCUUUGAUGCAUUUCUUCUCUCAAAACGGAGCGUUGCCAGCCGAUGAUGAAACGAGUGCAUUGGAAGAAUAUUUCGGAGCAUUUUGUGAGGGCUUCUCAAUAUUUGGACCUUUCUGGGAUCAAAUCCUGGGGUAUUGGGACGCGAGUUUGAAAAACUCUAACAAAGUUUUGUUCUUGCAUUAUGAGGACCUUCAAAGGGAUACUCCGUCUUCCGUGAAGAAACUGGCCGAGUUCUUGGGAUGCGGUUUCUCCCAACAAGAAGAAAACCAAGGGUUGGUGGAAGGUUUGAUAAAGCUUUGCAGCCUCGAAAAUCUCAAGAACUUGGAAUGUAACAAAGAAGGCGAUCUACAUUUGGUGCAUACCAUCAAGAAAAGCACGUAUUUCCGGAAGGGAAAAGUCGGGGAUUGGGUGAAUUUUCUGACUCCUUCCAUGGCUAAACGCCUUGAGGGAUUGAUGACAGAAAAGUUUGCAGAAUCAGGUAAAAAUGUUGUAUAA